AUGCCUUCUGACAUUCCAACAAAAGUAGAAAUUGCCAUGAAAAUUGAUGGCUCACAGCAGCUUGAAGCAAUCAAAAGUCGUUUGAAUGAAAUAGGAAUUAAAAAUGAGAAGAUUCAAAUUGUAACUGAGAAGAACAACAAAGAGUGCCGGGUUGUUGUUGAAACAAAUUCAAAGCCUUGGAUAGAAAUUCAAGAGACAUUGCAGACAUUUGGUGAGAAACGAGUAGCACUUGUUGGUUUUAGUGAUCAGUCAGCUGUUGCAAUCCUGGAUAAAGGCGAUGAUUUGAAUAUUAAAGGAGUAAUUCGCUUUUGCUCGAUUAGUGCUAAUAAACCUGGAAUUGUCAUAGAUGGUGUUGUUGAUGGAAUUGAAUCACCAGAUGAUCAUUUCCUAAGUAUCUAUGAAUAUGGAGAUUUCUCUGAUGGAUGUCAUGGUUUGGGAAAUAUAUAUAAAGACGCCAAUUACAAACUAACAUCAAAUGAUUCUGGAAGUUCGACAAUUAGAUCAGUCGAUCAUAAUUUGAACAUUCACGAACUAAUUGGACGUUCUGUUGCAAUAUCAAAAGCAAAUGAAAAUAUAAAAUUUAAAGGAGGAAUCAUUUCACGAGCAGCUGGAAUUUUUCAAAACUGGAAAAAGUUUUGUGCUUGUGACGGAACUACACUUUGGGAUGAACGAGAUCGACAAACGGCAAUUUCUGGGAGAAAUGCAUGA